AUGUCUGCCUCCUCGUACAACAGUCAAGCGGGAACAUGGCAGGAGCGUCUGGAAGACGCCUGCCGCGAGGCAAACAUUCUCCCACCGGUAUUCCAGAUCGUUUCUGAUCGACGUGGUAAGCUCUGUCCCCCGAGAGAAAAAGCGCACACGCACUUGUCGUCCGUCGGUGUAACUAACGGUUCGUCCCCCCUCGUCACAGGCGGCCGUACCGCCUGGUCCAGCCGAGUCACCGUCCACGGACGCACCCUCUCCGCACGAUUUUGGUACGACGGCAAGAACCUCAACAAUGCGAAAGAAGAUGCCGCCGAAAUGGCACUCAACUACCUCACUGGAUCGAACCCCAGCUCGCCAGCCAACAGCAGAGGAAGCUGA